UGCUUUUACUUGAAAGCGCAAAUGACACGAUCGACAGUCCCAUUUAAGUAAACAAUGUUUCGGUUCGCUGAACAGAAACUGCGUCGUCUCAACAUUUUAAUGAUUCAUGUUACGUGUUGUUGUUUUACAUCGUCCUUUCUUCCUGGAUCGUGUUAGAUUACAGAACAGAUACACAGAUAUACCCAUCAACUGAGGAGGGUGCAUGUUCAUUUGAUUUCACGCAGUAAUGGCGUGGUCAUCGUGCUUGAAGACCUCGCUUCAUUUCAUCUACUUCGUUUUAUUGUUCACAACGAGACCAGCUCCAGUCUGUUCACAGUGUGACCAGGCCCUCGGUCUAGAGGAUGGACGUCUGCCGGAUUCGCAGUUUUCAGCUUCAUCUGUGUACAACAGCGGAUAUUCUCCUUGGGAAGCCAGAAUUAAUUCUAGUGCUGGAUGGAUUGCUAGCUAUGGGGAUACCCACGCAUACCUGACUGUGAACCUGACCCAGGAGAUGAGGGUCACAGAGGUUGCCGUCCAGUCAGCUAACAAUGGAUGGUUUACCAGAAAGAUUAAAAUCUUCUACAGUCUCGAUAAUCUUAUCUGGCAUACCUACACCAGUCUCGACAAGAAAUCUGUAUUUAUUGCCAAUUCUGCACAUAAUCAAGUGGUGCGAAUUCGAUUAGUUCCAGAGAUCAAGUCCGGUUACCCCCAGUUUUAA